AUUUUACGCGCAGAUUUCAAAACAAAACAAUCUGAAGAAGGAAGAUGGCCUUUGCAUUUCCUGAACUUGCCAUUCCGGAUAUCGUUUCCUCUCUGGAUGAAUUGUGUGGACUGCAGCUCAAAGAAACUUCAUUCAGCAAACCAGAUCCCUUGCAAUGGAUAGAGAUAUUUCGAAGACUCAUGUGCGACAUCACGGAGUCUUCUGAUGAAAAUCUACAGGAGCCACUGUUGCUCUCACAAGACCUGGAGUUUCCCGAGAUCUACACAGAUGCUAUGGCAAACAUGACACUCAUACGGAUCAUGGGUCGAAUAAUGCCCACCAUGUACAUCAACGAUUUCUCCGCCAGAGAUAUCUACUUCCCAUCAUGUGAACGUUUGAAGAAGAUAUGCAGCAGCAUAAUCAACUUCCUGCGUUUCAAGGCUACCCGUAUGAUUGCGUAUGAGGAUAUGCGAGCUGAUGUGGAGUCAGAACGAGAGCAUCAUGAGACUUUAUUGAGGAGAAAUGAGGAGCUGAAACAGAAGAUCAACAAUAUCAGGGCAGAGAGGGCCGAACAGGAACCACUGGUGGCUCAGGUCCAGGCAGAUGUAGACCAGUUGUCAGUUGCAAUGCAGGAACAACAGAGAAACAAACAGACGUUGACCAAGUCCAUCUACGACAUCAAGUCCAAUAUUACAAACAGCAAGGCUAGACAGGAUGAGUUGAAUUGUCGAGUUCUGAAACUAAAAGAACAGGAGGGCCACUUAGCGCUGAAGAUCGUGCAGUCACCCGCCAAGGUGAUGGCUGAACAGGAAGGGUUGAAACAGCGGGUGCAAGAGGCACGUGAUCUCCUGCAACGAAAACAGCUCAGGCUCACGGAGAUAGAGAGACAGCGUAAGGACAUCAAGCAGACGGUCAGUAAUCUGGAGAAGGGCCUCGCCUUGCUGGAGCUCAUACAGAAGUCUGUUGACAAAGAAAGUGAGGUAGCUGCGGAUGUGUCCGUCCUUAUUGAGCAAGUACAGGAAGUAACUGAGCAGAUUCAUGAAACAGAAUGUCAGAAGGAACGCGUCCAGGAAUUACUGCGGGGCCGUCAGGAGCGACUCUCGAAACUGGCCAUUAUGCAUCAGAACAAAGUCCACAUCCUGCAACAGCAGAUAAUGGCUGAUACGGAAGAGAAAGAGAAUUUUGAAAAGAAGGUUGCAAACGAAUCCGAGAAAAAAAGCCACUUGUUACAAUACCGUAAACGCAUGGAGGAAGAUGUGCACAGAUACCAGAAAAACAUCGAACAAAAAGUGGAGGCAUUGAAAAACAAAUAUGGCCAGCUUUUGGAAAAGACUGAUGAGUAUAACACAUGUAUCGCAGAUGAAUGGAACAAAGUUCGACAGUUGUUGAAAAAGUGACGCUUUGUACGUGUACAUAACAUCACCAUGUUCAUCACAGUGCUAUCUAACACGCAGCAAAACUUUCAUGCAAUAUCACAUUGUUUGCCAUUCACAUGCAGUUUUUGUAACAUGGUCAUUCUUGUUACUGGAUAUGGUCACAUUGUUUGCUUUUAAAUGCUUAGCAUGUAGAAAUAUAAAAUAAUACUUAAUUACAUGAAUUUUUUUUGUGGCAUUCUAACUUUUCACAUUCUUACUCUUCAAAUCUAAAAGACUGUGAGUAUAAUCUUAGAAUGAUGAGCUAAAUAUAGUGUAAUAUGAAGGUCAUUCAUAUCCCCCAAUGCAAAAUGGGCAAAGCUUGCAAAACAAUACUGAAAUUUAGAUUGUCAGUCAUUCAAAGAAGAGUUUAGGUAUUAUCAAAGCCUUGAGGUUGUCUUCUUUGUUGUAGAGCAACAUUGGCUCAAUAAAACUCAGUCCUGGGCUAGUAUUCAAUAUUGAUAUUAUCCUUAUCUUUAGACAUGCUUCAGUGAUUCCAUUCAGUCUGUUGGUCAGGCUGGUCAGCUAAACAUACAGGCCAAUCAAAACAUUUAGUUUCUGAUCUUAAAUCAAGCUCAGCACGCUAUUUUCGUUUUGGUAUAAAUUGCGUAAUAUUCUCUUUUUAAAGAGUUUUGAGGCUUGUAAAGGAAAUUAUAUUUGAGAUCAAAAAGAAAAACUACUUUUUGUUUUAUAAAAUCAUAUUUAAGUAAGUAAUUUUGCUAAAUAAAAUAAGAUGCUGAACCGAGUUACGCUUAAGAAAUUUUGUUCAAAUCCAACAUGGUACACAUUUUAUCAGUGGCAAUACACACAUGUAUGAUAAGGCCUAUAAUGUCACAUUAAAAUUUAAUACAACCAUAGUAGUGUUUGUCAGGCUAAAUAAUGAUGCCUUUGCACAAAAUAUUCAAAUUUUAUUGAAUUUCCAGGCAUCAUUUGUAUCUAUUAAAUGAUGAUUACCUUAUUGCAUUCUUUAACUAUUUUCUUUCCUCCUUUAUCGACCAUAUAUACCAUGUAUAUAUUUUCUUUUCUUCAUUUAUUUAUUUUCUUAUUUUCUCAUCUCUGCAUUUCUAUUUUUUUACUCUGACUAUAGAUUUUGU